CGAUUGAACGAUUCCGCCUUUUCCUUGAGCAUACCGCAACCAUGAGCGUUUCUACUGUUCAGACGCAUGCCUUUUCUGACCAGAAACCUGGCACUUCUGGUCUCCGCAAGAAGGUCAAGGUCUUCCAGCAGAAGAACUACUCUGAGAACUUCGUGGCUUCGAUCAUCCAAUCUAUCCCGGAAGGCGCCCAAGGUGCUUUCUUGGUCGUCGGUGGCGAUGGUCGUUACUGGAACCCCGAAGUGACUCAGAUCAUUGCAAAGAUAGGAGCUGCAUAUGGCGUCAAGAAGCUCUUGAUCGGCCAGAACGGCAUCCUCUCCACACCUGCCGCAUCACACAUCAUCCGCAUCAAGAAGGCCACUGGUGGCAUUCUUCUCACAGCCUCGCACAACCCAGGCGGUCCCGAUGAGGACUUUGGUAUCAAGUACAACCUCGCAAACGGUGCCCCCGCUCCCGAGAGCGUGACGAACAAGAUCUACGAAUUCUCCAAGAGCUUGACAGAGUACAAGAUCGCCGAUAUUCCAGACAUUGACCUCUCCACCAUCGGUACCAAGACUUACGGCCCACUCGAGGUCGAAAUCGUGCACAGCACUCAAGACUACGUUCAAAUGCUCAAGGACAUCUUCGACUUUGACCUGAUCAAGAGCUUCCUCAGCGAGCACAGGGACUUCAAGAUCCUCUUCGAUGGUCUCAGCGGUGUCACUGGCAACUACGGUGUCGACAUCUUCGAGAAAGAGCUUGGACAGAAGGGGAGCACACAGAACUGCGUACCAAAGCCAGACUUUGGUGGCCACCACCCAGAUCCCAACCUGGUCUACGCACACUCGCUGGUCGAGCGUGUAGAUAAGGAGGGCAUUCAUUUCGGUGCGGCCUCCGAUGGUGAUGGUGACCGCAACAUGAUCUACGGCGCGAACUCCUUCGUCUCGCCUGGUGACUCGCUUGCAAUCAUCGCACACCACGCCGAGCUCAUUCCAUACUUCAAGAAGCAGGGCGUGUACGGUCUCGCACGCUCCAUGCCCACUUCUGGUGCUGUCGAUCUUGUAGCAAAGAAGAAGGGUCUUCAAAGCUACGAGGUGCCAACUGGCUGGAAGUUCUUCUGCGGUCUGUUCGACUCGAACAAGAUGAACAUCUGCGGUGAGGAAUCUUUCGGUACUGGCAGCAACCACAUCCGUGAGAAAGACGGUCUUUGGGCCAUCGUCGCUUGGCUCAACAUCAUUGCCGGUGUCGGCCAGCAGACCGGCAGCACGCCCAGCAUCAAGAGCAUUCAGCACGAUUUCUGGAAGACAUACGGCCGCACCUUCUUCACUCGAUACGAUUACGAAGGCUGCGAGACUGAGGGUGCGAAUAAGGUUGUGGCACACAUGAAGGAGCUGAUCGGACCAAAGAAGAGCGAGUUCGUUGGCUCCUCAGUCGCUGGCCGCAAGGUGCUCGAGGCAGACGACUUUUCGUACACUGAUCUCGACGGCUCAGUCAGCAAGAAUCAGGGUAUCUACGUCAAGUUUGACGAUGGCAGCAGAAUCGUUGUCCGUCUUUCCGGUACCGGCUCGUCUGGCGCCACCAUCCGUCUAUACAUCGAAAAGCACGAAACGGACGAGAAGACCUACGGUCUUGACGCCCAGGACUAUCUCAAGGACAAUGUCAAGCUCGCGACUGGUCUGCUCAAACUGCAGGAGUACAUCGGCCGUACUGAGCCAGAUGUCAAGACAUAGGCGGCGCGUGGAAUUGUUUCCGAGUGAUUUUCAGUGAAUCAAAAAGCGAUAAAGCAUACGUAUGAGCGAUGAAUGAUAUGUGUAGAUAAGCAGCGAUAGAAGCAUGGGCAGAGAUCACAGUCCCGGAAAAAUGUCAAAAGAAUUGAUAUCUUCACUGUUCACUGCUGACUCAGCUGCGUCGCGAACCUGGUCGCGUCCACAUCCAUUCUUUCCGAAUCCCAUUACAAGGACUUUCACAUGCGAACUUGUUUCUUCAGAGCUACCACGAUCUGAUGAUCACCGAAUCCUUACUCUAGAUCGAAGUCCAACAAAGAUGUCUACGCAAGGGCUUCGACCCGUGCUCGAAUGUCACGAGCGCAGAAGACCAUGAAGGCGAUUGAAGAGAAGACAAAGGAGGCACAGGACAGGGCAGGAUGUCGUUGUGACAGGAGCUGAAGAAUUUCGGUGGCGUCCCUGGAUCGGUGUCACAGGUACUGGCAAGAGGAAUAUGGGAUGAUAGACAGGAAUACUGCAGGUGCUCGGCCACAAUUAUGAAUGCCAAUGGGAGUAUGAGCGAAGGUGAGGAGCGGAGACCUGAAAGUUUGAGAGAAGCACCCAACGAACGUCUACACGGACAUGACUGCUGGAAGGCCGAAAACUGGGUUGAUCAGAAGCAGAAGCCGCGUGAAGAAGUUAGGCUGCAUCACAUGUCGAUGAGGCUUCGGGUCUACUCUAUGUCAGUAAAGAAGCGAAUAUGCAUGCAUUUCAACG